AUGUGGACAGUUGGCAACAAGGACAUGAAAGUGCGCCAAAGUGCAUUCAAAGCACGUUCAAAGCAUGCCAAAGCAUGUGACAUCGCAAGUAUUAAACAAAGAUGGGUGCAUAACUCAGAAGGUGCUGUUCCUCAACCUAAAGGGGAGAGGGCAUCUUUAAUGACCAUGGGUGGCUCCAUUCUCCAGAUGGGGAGCAAAGUGCUUGUGUCCUCUUCUAAGAUGGAAAAGGACAUGAUGGAUACUUUACAAAUGAAGACAUUUUGGCACAUGCUGCAAAAGCAAUGGACAUCCUUGAGAGGUGGUAUUCACACGAAGACCAUUCCAUCUGCAACUUGGGGGGUACCCAGGACAAUCAAGGAUGUCAAUGGCAACAAUGUUCUUGGGCUGGAUGGCAAGCCAUUGAAGGAGAAGAUUCCUAUGGCUGAGGCAAGGCUUCCAAAUGGUGACCCUCAGCCAUUAUAUUUCCCAGAUGGUCACAGCAAGGCAGGAUAUUUCAAGGGCAUGGCACAGAUUUUGGUUGAACAAGGAUACACUGAUGCUCCAAAGCUUUGUGCUAAAUGCAAGGACUUCAAGUGUCCCAAUGACCAGACACUUUGCCAUGCAGUCCACAAGGUUUAUUGA